UCGCCGCUGCCGCCAGUGCCUGUGCUUCAUGAGGAAGAUGCUCGCCGCCGUCUCCAGCGUGUUGUCCGGCUCUUCUCAGAAGCCAGCAAGCAGAGUGCUGGUAGCAUCCCGUAAUUUUGCAAAUGAUGCUACAUUUGAAAUUAAGAAAUGUGACCUUCACCGACUGGAAGAAGGCCCUCCUGUCACAACAGUGCUCACCAGGGAGGAUGGGCUCAAAUACUACAGGAUGAUGCAGACUGUGCGCCGAAUGGAGUUGAAAGCAGAUCAGCUGUAUAAACAGAAAAUGAUUCGUGGUUUCUGUCACUUGUGUGAUGGUCAGGAAGCUUGCUGUGUGGGCCUGGAAGCCGGCAUCAACCCCACAGACCAUCUCAUAACAGCCUACCGGGCUCACGGCUUUACCUUCACCAGAGGCCUUUCCGUCCGAGAAAUUCUCGCAGAGCUUACAGGACGAAAAGGAGGUUGUGCUAAAGGGAAAGGAGGAUCGAUGCACAUAUAUGCCAAGAACUUCUACGGGGGCAAUGGCAUCAUGGAAGCGCAGGGCCAGAUAUUCGAAGCUUACAACAUGGCAGCUUUGUGGAAAUUACCUUGUAUUUUCAUCUGUGAGAAUAAUCGCUAUGGAAUGGGAACAUCUUUUGAGAGAGCAGCAGCCAGCACUGAUUACUAUAAGAGAGGUGAUUUCAUUCCUGGGCUGAGAGUGGAUGGAAUGGAUAUCCUGUGCGUCCGAGAGGCGACAAGGUUUGCUGCUGCCUAUUGUAGAUCUGGGAGGGGGCCCAUCCUGAUGGAGCUGCAGACUUAUCGUUACCACGGACACAGUAUGAGUGAUCCUGGAGUCAGUUACCGUACACGAGAAGAAAUUCAGGAAGUAAGAAGUAAGAGUGACCCUAUUAUGCUUCUCAAGGACAGAAUGGUGAACAGCAAUCUUGCCAGUGUGGAAGAACUAAAGGAAAUUGAUGUGGAAGUGAAGAAGGAGAUUGAGGAUGCUGCCCAGUUUGCCACGGCCGAUCCUGAGCCACCUUUGGAGGAGCUGGGCUACCGCAUCUACUCCAGCGACCCACCUUUUGAAGUUCGUGGUGCCAAUCAGUGGAUCAAGUUUAAGUCAGUCAGUUAAGGGGACUAGAACGGGAGGUUAUACCUUCAGGGGGCUACCAGUGUUCUCAACUUGGUUAAGGAGGAAGAAAACCCAGUCAAUGAAAUUCUUGUAAACUUCCAUUAAGACUAAGUGUGUAGAUUGAGCAGGUAGUAAUUGCAUGCACUUCGUACAUUGUUGCAUUAAAAGAUUAAUUAUUGAGUG